AGUCCAAUGGGUAGUGACCGCCCCGACGCUGUCAUGUUUGAAUGAGCUGCAGCACAGCGGCGGAGAGGCGGUUGUUAAAGAGCCCCUCAAGUCUUAACACGGGUCUGCUUUGCUGCUAAAUUAAAAUUCAAGCUUGCGCGACCAAGAUGGACAUGAAGAAAAGGAUUCAUCUAGAGCUCCGGAAUCGAACACCGGCAGACGUUAAAGAACUUGUUUUAGACAACUGUCGUUCAAAUGAAGGUAAAAUCGAGGGCCUUACAGAUGAGUUUGAGGGACUGGAGUUCUUAAGCACAAUCAAUGUAGGCCUGACAUCAGUGGGAAACUUGCCGAAGUUAAACAAACUUAAAAAGCUUGAGCUCAGUGACAACAGAAUCUCAGGAGGACUGGAAGUAUUGGCAGAAAAAUGCCCAAAUCUCACACAUCUCAACCUCAGCGGCAACAAAAUAAAAGAUCUCAGCACAAUAGAACCUCUGAAAAAGUUAGAAAACCUUAAGAGUUUAGACCUUUUCAACUGCAAGGUGACAAACGUAAACGACUACAGAGAAAAUGUUUUCAAGCUCCUUCCUCAGCUCACAUACCUGGAUGGCUAUGACAAGGAGGAUGGAGAAGCACCAGACUCGGAUACAGAAGCAUGGAAGGAUGAGGAUGACGAUGAGGUAAAACUGUGUGAGGAACAACCAAACUCAGCUAACAAGGUGAGGUUGCUGAAGACAGUUUACUGUCAAAAGUCAUACACAGCUGCAGUGCAGGGCCGCCAGAGUGACACACCCAGCGGAAAAACAUGGUCGUGA